AAACAAUUGUCUAUUGUUUUAUGUAUUUUUUAGGAGUAUUAUAAUCAUUAAUAAGUUUGAUUAUAUAGCGUUGUUCUUUUUGUAGCUUCUGAAUAUAUGGUAUGGAAUCAUGUUGAUAUUUCAAAACCACAUAUUGCUUAUGCAAUUUUUGGUUGCUUUACUUCUCUAUUUAUGCUUGUUUCUCUUUUUAUUAAACAGAGAUUAUAUAUUGGAAAAGCGAUGGUAGCAACUAUUGUAGGUAUUAUUUUUGGGCCUUAUUAUAUUAAUAUAUUUGAUCCUGAUUAUAAUAUACUUGAAUUUUCUCGCAUUGUUUUGAUUGUUCAGGUUUUUGCUGUUGGUGUAGAAUUUUCUAAAGGAUAUGUAUUAAAACAUUGGAAAAGUUUGGUUAUGCUUUUAUGUCCUGUUAUGAUUUUUGGAUGGGUUGUUAUGAGUGUUAUAGUAUAUCUAUUAGUAUCAAAUCUUGUUUUUAUUGAAGCUUUAAUAUUAGGUGCUUGUGUUACUGCAACAAAUCCUGUUCUUGUUUCUUCUAUAGUAGGAAAAAGUGAAUUUUCUAAGAAAAUUCCUGAGUAUAUUCGCAAUAUUUUAUCUUGUGAAUCUGGAUGUAAUGAUGGAUUUGUUCUCCCUUUUUUAUUUAUUGGAUUGCAACUAUUAGUAGAUUCAUUUAGAUUAAAAACUAUAGGCAAAUUUCUUCAUAUAAAAAUACUUUAUGAAGUUGUUUUCGGUUGUAUUUUAGGAUCAUUCAUUGGUUUUUCUGCUGGUGCUGUAUUUUCUUGGGAUGAUUGGUUUUCAAAAAAAACUGAAGAAUCACAUGUUUCUAAUGUUAUCUAUUUAUUGCUUAAUUUUGCAUUUUCUGUAUAUUGGAGAGCUAUAAUACUAUGUAAACAAUAUAAUAUGCCAGAACUGGGAGUAACUCCUUGGAGAUUACUAAUUGUCGCAAUUUGUCCUUUAAUUCCUGAUAUUCAUACUUGGAGAGAAGCUUUUUUUUGUGGUCAUUUUGGUCCAAUGGGUGUAGGAGCUAUAUUUGUUUCUGUAUUGGCUCCUAUAAAGUUAGAAACUAAAAUUGAUGAACCUUCGGAAAGUGUUCUAGCUAAUCCAAUUAUUUCUUAUUAUAAGUUAAUACUAAUGAUUUGGCCUAUUACGUCAUUUUUAAUAUUAUCAUCGAUAAUUGUACAUGGUUCUUCUGUUGCAAUUUCUGUUUAUGGAAAACACUUAAAUUUAUUUUCAUUUACUCCAACCCCAUCAUGA